CACAUUGCAAGCAACAAUUUCCUGGCUUGUGAAGAUCACUAAUCAGUUGAGCUUGCUUUAUUCUGAUUAUUGCUUUCUAUUUCAAGUUCCAAUCGUGCAUUACGGGGUUCCGUCUUACUAGUUUUUAAGUCUUCAGCACUAGGUUUCUUUUAUCCCGACUUUCAAGUGAUUUUUUUUGGUUUACUACUUCUGAGACAUCUCCAACAUGAACAAACUGAUAUAUGAGCUUGCCACGAUAGCAUCGGCAGCUGCCACUGCUGCCAAGGGCUCGAUCAGAAUAGUGUGUGCUGAUACUUCCCGAGUGCUAAACAGUGACAUAGUCAAAUGUGUAACGGGAAAACCGUUGGAAUAUGUGGUGAAUCCUACUUCAUCAGGUGCUAACGCGUCCAGAUCCAUGUACAAAGACCUCCAGGCCAAGUCACUCGCUAACAGACAAUCUCAUAGAAACUACUGCACAAAGCCGAGUAAACGUUCCCAAAAUUACUCGACAAAUGCCCUUGAUGGGCAAAUCAACCCCAGCUUGGAUCCUCUUAAUGAGGAAAAGAUCGCUACAAAGCCAAAAGUGGUUGGUUCCAAGCCUGAAAAAUCAGCACUUGAGUCGUCCGAAGUCCCCAGCUCCAGGUUGGCUAGAAUGUUCCAUUACGGGUCUUUGGCAGCCGGAAUGGGCUUAGGAAUGGCCCAACAUGGUAUCAAGCAUUACGCCCGUACCGAUAGAACUGGACCCAGUGAAGGCUUAUCGUUUAAGAGCCUCUUGUUAAAUCCUCAAAAUAUCGAAAGACUUGCCAAAAAAUUCAGUCAGAUGAGAGGAGCUGCUUUGAAAAUUGGCCAACUUUUGUCGUUUCAAGACUCUGCGGUGAUCCCCAAGGAGAUCCAAGCUAUCUUGCUCAAAGUACAAAACUCUGCCCAUUAUAUGCCAUAUUCCCAGCUUAAUAGAGUUAUGACUGAAGACUUGGGUGCUAACUGGAGAUCCAAUCAUUUUACCUCGUUUGACGAUAUUCCUAUAGCGGCUGCUUCCAUUGGCCAGGUCCACAAUGCUGUGACAAACGACUUGUCCAAAGUGGUGGUGAAGGUACAAUAUCCUGGUGUUGUAAACUCCAUUGACUCGGACUUGAACAAUAUCUUGAUGCUUUUGACGGCAUCUUCGUUGCUACCACCGGGCUUGUUUCUUGAUAAAACCAUAGCAAACGCACGGGUUGAACUCAAAUGGGAGUGUGACUAUAUCAGAGAGGCUCAAAACUUGAUAAGAUUUGAAGAUAUGGUGAAAGAUUAUCCUGAGUUCAAGGUUCCCAAGGUUUACCACAAGUUAUGUGGAACGCACGUCUUAACGAUGGAAAAAAUGGAAGGUACUGAGGUGAUCAAGGGCAAUUGGGAUCAAGAAACCAGAAACUGGAUUGCCACAAACAUCAUGAAGUUGUGUUUGUUGGAGAUCAAGAAGUUCAAAUUCAUGCAAACCGAUCCCAACUGGGCCAACUUCUUAUUCAACGAUAAGACUCACCAGAUCGAGCUUUUGGACUUCGGUGCUGCUAGAGACUUUGGCGAUGAGUUUGUUGAGAACUACGUGGCGGUGUUGAGAGCUGCUAUUAGAAAAGAUAGACAGGCUAUUGAAGAUAUCUCUGUGAAGUUGGGAUACUUGACUGGUUUAGAAAGCCAAAGAAUGGUAGAUGCACAUGUGGAUUCGGUGUUGGUAUUGGGAGAACCCUUCUCCCCCCAGAACAAUGGUGGCAAGACAUUUGAUUUCAGGAAUCAGACGGUCACAGACAGAGUAAGAGGUAAUAUCAGUGUGAUGUUGAGUGAACGAUUGACCCCCCCUCCAGAAGAAACGUACUCCUUACACAGAAAGUUAAGUGGAGUAUUUUUGUUGUGUUCAAGAUUGAACGCUCAAGUGCCAUGUGAGCAGUUGUUUGCGGAUAUAAUCGGCCAUUGAACAGUCUGAACAGGCUCCUUUGUAUAUAAUAAAUAAUGUUAAUCAUCUACGACUGAAAAAUUUAAGUUCUCUUUUUAGAUAAGAUUUAGCGCGCGAUUGCCAUCUCCAGUUACCACUUCUAUAUCUAAUUACAAUUAGAUGAAUUCGUAUGGGCUGUUAGCGGAGGACUCUGACAAGUCGCCCACAGGUGAUGAAGAUACUGACAUAUAUCUUGUGUUGGGAAAUCCGUCCCAAAGAAAUCGAAAGUUCAUCCGAACCAGUUCAGUUAUUCUUCCUUCUACUGGUGAAAGAGUACACAGAAAGCUUUCUUUCAGGUCUAGUGAGCUCCAGCCAUUGCUUUUAUCAACCAACAUCUCCAUUCAAAAUAAGGCCAAGAUCUUGAUGUAUAUGGCACAUAACUUUAUUGUGGAAAUGUAUCAAAAUGAAAAGACAAAAAGUAUCCUCAAGUGUUCAUUGGCAUAUCUUAUUGGAUCUUUAGGGGUAUAUUGGCUGGUUUUAAACAGAUUCCUAGGUAAUUCAGACUUUAAGCACGUUAUUGCUACUGUUGUGGUAUAUUUCCACCCGUCAAGAACAAAAGGCUCAAUGCAUAUUACCUUGAUCUACGUGAUAAUAUCCAUCUCGUUCAGUUUCCUUGUGUGUUUUGGAUGCAGAUUCCUCUCCGCUUCUUUCUAUAAAAAUGGGAGUGAAGAGGUAAGUAUGGCUAUUGACUUGGUGGUUUCGUCAGUUAGCUUGGGGGUAGUGGCCUUCAUGAAACAGAAAGUUAACAAGGAGACUUUCAAUACGGCGUGCUCUUUGGCAUCUAUUUCCAUUGUGGCUUGUAUCAUAAAAGAGGGUAGUAUGAACGGAGCCAUCAUUCCCAUAGAGAGGCUAUUAUCAACUCUCCGGAUAGUGGUUACUGGGUGUUUUAUCUCGGUGGCUGUUUGUUAUCUUUUGUGGCCACAAACAGCAGAAAGCCUUGUUAAAAAGGAUUUGAAUGAUAGCUUCAACCUCAUGUCUUCUAUACUAUCAGUAAUUGUGAACCGGUUUCUAAAGGGAGAGAAUUUGGAUCAUAAAGACAACGAGCUUUUCAAUCGGUUGAAUCUGAAAAUCAACAACUUGAAGAAGAAUUUGGCUGAUGCAAAGUAUGAAUUGUACUUCAAGGGAAAGGAGUCUGAGUGGAAACACUUGGAAAUGUUAAUUGAUAUAACGAUUUCGUUGGUCACAAAUUUAAGGGCCUUGAGGUCUUCCACUGAAAUGCAAUGGAGGUUGUUACAUGAACUGCCUCAAGAUGAAGGAUCCAAUGCCAGCUUGAAAAGCUUCGAGUCCAAUAUUCCAAUUUCCCAGUCAGUAGAGAACUUAACCCGUAUUCAAGAAGUUUCAAACACUAAUGACUUGGACUAUCUGGCUAUCAACUCCAGUCAAAUGUUUGAUUUGUUUGUGUACUAUUUGGCACCUUCCACAAAAGCUUUUGUUUUCACCAUCAAAAAUAUCUUGAAUGAUGUUCCCUUUCAGUAUAAUGAUAACUCCUAUAGACGGUUUGUGAAAACGGCCAAGUUCCAGAGAUCUUUGGUGAUUGCUACAACCUUAUUUAACGACAAGCAAGUGGCAUCAUUUGACAAAUUGUAUGACCAAGAAAUCUUCAAAUCAAACACGAAUUUCUUGUUCAAGUCUGAUUUAGAGGAAGUCACCGCAUGUUGUGGUAACUUUUCAUCUUUGUUGGGACUUUUUGGAGAUGAAUUGUUAAAGUUCUUGGUUUUAUUAAGUGACAAUUCCACAACCCAGACGAAAUCGUGGGAUUGGAUCAAAGUCUGGAGUAAACGUCAACUGGAUGGAAAUACCGAUACUUUCAAAUUCGACUCCAACUUGAAUGAUGCGUUGCUUCAUUUACAAAGCCAAUAUCAACUCCGAAAAGUUGAUAAAAACGACUUGAAUGUUGAAAAUUCAGUUCUUAAUUUAUACUCCAAUAAACUUUGGCAACUUAUUAAGGUGUUCAAGAGAAUAGAUAUUCAGUUUGGGAUCCGAGUUGGCUUGGGGGCAUUUGUGUUGUCGUUAUUUGCAUUCUACCCUAGAACCAAGUUUUUUUUCACCAAUUGGAGAGGUGAGUGGUCUUUGACUAUAUACUGUAUCAUGAUGAACAAGUCUUUAGGAGGAACCCAGAUGACAGUCAAAUGGAGAUUUCUUGGGACUUUCUUGGGAAGUACUAUAGCUUGGAUCGUAUGGCUUUUAUUUGAUGGGCAUCCCUUUGCGUUGGGACUUGUUGGGUUCUUGCUUUCCACGUAUUGUUUCAAUAUCAUUAUUUAUUGGAAGAAAAAUAAUGCGUUUGGAAGAUUCAUUUUAUUGACCUACAAUUUAACCGCCUUAUACUCGUAUACGGUGGAACAACAUGAUGCUGAGGAUGACAAUGAAGGUGGAGAUUCUCCUAUAAUAUCCGAAGUUGCCUUUCAUAGGUUUAUUUCUGUGUCUGUUGGGGUGAUUUGGGCAUUGACCAUGGCCUCAAUCUUCAUUCCAAACUCAGCAAGGUCAAGAUUGAAGACGGGAUUGACAGUCUUAUGGCUUCGGAUUGGUGUGAUUUGGAAUAGUGAUCCCUUGGAUUAUAGACGUGAUGAGACUGAUCAGAAGGACAAACUUAUUAGUCUCAAAGGAGGUGAAAAUGCCUUGAAUAAUUUGUUGAAUGAGCUUGAAGUGCUUCUUAAACAAGCACCUCUGGAAUUCAGAUUGAAGGGGAAAUUCCCCACCAAAAAGUAUGAAAGCUUACUCUCGUCAAGUUCUAAGAUUGUGGAUGCUUUGCAUAACAUGAUCUUGAUAAUCGAGGUGGACCCAAUCUUGAGCACUAACGAAAAGUUUGUUAUAAACUAUAUUGAGACAGAGAGACACGAGUUGGAACACCGUAUCUUCUUGAUAUUCUACAUGAUUGCGAGUUCCAUGAAGUUACAAUUCCCAUUGCCAAGUAAGCCGGCAUCAACAGAACAUGCCAAAGAUCGAUUGCUUUAUAAGUUAAGUGAGGUGAGAUCUAAUUCUGUCAACGACUCGGUAGUAUUGUGCAACGAGGACUACGUGCUAUUGUACUCGUAUAUUCUAGUGACGUCAACGAUAACUCAGGAACUCGAUAAGAUUAUCGAAGUGAUCAAGCAGUUAAUGGGAGACAUUUCUGAAGAUAUGUUUCAGUUGGUAUAGGUUAAUAGUAUUUAAUGAAGAAUAUGAGUGAAUAUAA